AUGAAAAAAAAAACCAUUUUCACACAAAACAAAGAAACCCUAAACUUCACUGCGAUUCAACCUAACCCGGUUGAGUCUCUUUCCGCUCUCCAGGUUCCAUUUUCAUCAAGAACGUCUGCUUCCGCUGCGAUUCUGUCUCUCUCUCCGCCGCGGUUCUAUCUCUCUCCUCCGUGGUUCUUCAGGUUCCAUCUUCCUAUCUCUAUUGACCACCGUAUUUUAUAUUAUGUCACAGGAGAACAAAGAGAUUAUCUCAGUUCCAAUAGUGUUGAUAUGUCUGAUGUUAAUGACCUAGGAAUUUAUGAGGCAAUUACACCUGAGUUUUUAAACUCUCUUCGCACGUCAGGAUUACCAAAUCAUCAUAUAAAGUUGAAAAUUGGUACCCCGAUUAUGCUGAUGAGAAACUUAGACCAAGCUGAAGGAUUGUGUAACGGAACAAGAUUAAUAAUAACAAAAAUGGCUGACCAUGUAAUAGAGGGAAAAAUUAUGUCAGGAAAACAUGCUAGGAAUGUCACAUAUAUUGCAAGAAUGACUACAUCACCAUCACAAUCCCCGUGGCCUUUUAAAUUGUCAAGAACACAAUUUCCUAUAGUUGUCUCAUAUGCAAUGACAAUUAACAAGUCACAAGGUCAGUCACUUGACAGUGUAGGACUGUAUUUACCAAAAUCAGUUUUUAGUCACGGUCAAUUGUACAUCGCUCUUUCUAGAGUUAAAAGCAAAAAAGGAUUGAAGAUUUUAAUCAACAAUGGAAAUUCAGAUGAACCUAACUCAACAACGAAUGUUGUCUUCAAAUAA